AUGGCUUUAGAUGCUGCUUCCCAAGUCUCAGUUGGGGCACUCAGUGCCAUUUUUGACGAAAGGAAUCCGCAGGUUCAGGAACCGAUCGUUCAGUGUGUCCAGAUCAAGCCAUUGCCUCCCCAGCCGAACCAUCCAGAGCGCUACAGGGCUGUGUUUAGUGAUAUCACGAACUAUGUUCAAACUAUGCUCGCAACCCAAGCAAAUCACUUUGUGACCAGUGGCAUGCUUAAAAAGGGGUGUUUUGUCCGGUUGAAGUCAUUUCAAGCAAACUCUGUUAAAGGGAAAAAGAUUCUCAUCAUCUUAGAUCUCGAAGUUUUGCAAGAAUUAGGUGAGGCAGAGAAGAUUGGGGAACCGAAGCCACUGGAAAAUAAAUCGGACGUGGAGGAGAAGCCUCAACCCACUACAAUAUCUAGCAAUGGAUUUUACGGCUCUAAGAUCCAACCGCAACGAGUGGAAUCUGGAGUACAGCCUACACGUUCUCCGUUGGCUUCAACUCAUGCGACCAUAUACCCAAUCGAGUACAUUUCGCCUUUCUCAAACAAGUGGACGAUCAAGGCGCGAUGCACAAGCAAAUCGACCAUCAAAACUUGGCAUAAUAGGAACUCGGAGGGGAGACUAUUCAGCGUUAACUUACUUGAUGAUAGUGGCGAAAUUCGGGCAACAGGCUUCAAUGAACAGUGCGACAUGUUAUACGACGUUUUCCAGGAAGGCGGUGUGUAUUACAUAUCAACCCCUUGCAGGGUCCAGAUCGCCAAGAAGCAGUUUACCAACUUGAACAAUGACUAUGAAAUCACAUUUGAAAGGGGCACCGUUGUUGAAAAGGCAGAGGACCAAAGUGAUGUUCCUCAAGUUCGUUUCAAUUUCACAACUGUUGGUGAUCUGCAAUCUGUGGAGAAAGAUACGACCAUCGACGUUGUUGGUGUGCUGAAAGAGGUUGGAGAGAUUUCCCAAAUCGUGUCAAAAUCGACCAAUAAACCGUACGACAAGCGCGAGCUCACACUAGUCGACAGCUCGGGGUUCUCCGUUCGAUUGACUGUAUGGGGUACGACGGCUCUGAAUUUCAGCGCCACUCCUGAGUCCGUUAUCGCUUUUAAAGGCGUGAAGGUAUCUGAUUUUGGAGGGAGAAGCCUGAGUCUUUUAAGCUCCGGGUCCAUGACAAUUGAUCCAGACAUAGAAGAGGCCCAUCGACUCAAAGGCUGGUAUGACGCUCAAGGCAGACAUGAGACAUUCUCUUCACAUGCCUCAAUGUCCAGUGCGUCAUCGUCCGCAGGUAAAUUGGACCGUUUCAAGACAGUUGCACAAAUACGCGAGGAGCAACUAGGGAUGUCUGAUGAGGCAGCAUAUUUCUCGUGCAGAGCAACUGUCAUCUACAUAAAACAGGAUACCAUCUGCUAUCCCGCUUGUCUUUCCCAGGGGUGCAAUAAAAAGGUCACAGAACUUGAUCCCGGACAGUGGCGGUGUGAAAGUUGCGACAAAACCCAUCUCCGCCCAGAGUAUCGUUACAUUAUGCUCAUCAAUGUCAGCGAUCACACUGGUCAGCUCUGGCUCAGCUGCUUUGAUGAGGUUGGAAGGCAAUUGCUAGGUAUAUCUGCGGAUGAAUUGAUGGACAUGCGCCAAAGCGAGAGCAACCUUGCUGGUGAAGUUUUCCAGGAAGCCAAUUGCCGAACGUGGAAUUUUAGAUGUCGUGCUAAGCUUGAUCACUAUGGAGAUCAACCACGCAUCCGUUAUCAGGUGUCAUCGGCGAAAGCCAUCAAUUAUUCGGAAGAGGCGUCUCGUCUUAUGAAUCUGAUACAAUCGUAUAACCUCUCUUGA